CUUGAGUAGUCCACGUUGGAGGUAAUACUAUAACUCUUUAUCUUGGAUGUAUAUUUGUUUGUGAUUCAAAUACGGAAAACAAAAAAUUAAAAACGACAGAGUGAUAUUUCUCACUAUUACUGAAGUUGUGAUUUUUAUUAAUUUCAGUGUCAAGAAAAUUAUAAAAAAACAACACAGAGAACUGAUUUUGAAGUGUGACACAAGAAAGUGGUGAUAUUUAUAAAUUCAGUAUUCUGUAAUUGAAUGAAGUAUGACUUAAGAAAGUUGACAAAAAGUGGUGAUUUUUAUUCAUUUCUGUGUCGGGAAAGUUGACAAAAUUUUUUAGUGGUGAUAUUUUAUUAAUCUCUGUAUCGAGAAAGUUCACAAAGUCUUUAAUGAUGAUAUUUAUUUAACCUCAAUGUCGAUUUUUGCUCAUCUUAGCGAAAGUUGACAAAAAACUUGUGAUUUUCUAGAAGUGUGCCGAACUUGACAAAAAUUUACUAAAGUGGACAUUUUUAUUAAUUUAAGUGUCACAAACUCAUGUUAUGAUUUUAUUUUCGGUAAUUUAAAUGUGGAAUUAUCAACUUACUACUUGAGUUGAUUUUUUGAGAUAUAAAAUUUGAUGAAGCAGUUAUUCACUUAUAGGAACCAUCCAUUAACUUGAUGAACGAUACAGACGCAAUGCGUAAAAUGAAAACAAGAUUCAUGACGGCAUGAACGUAGGUGGACUUACCCAUGUCCAGUCAGAAAAUCAGGAGAAUGCUUCUGUUAGUGGUGACAUGUACAACAAUCCACCAGGUCUAGAAACCACCACAAACAACAACCAUCGCGUUAAUGGCACUAUCUUAUCUCGGACGUCGUCCAACAACUCACAACCAUCGCGUAAACCAAUAGGACAAGCCUGGAGAUUCCCGACAUCCCCGGAAAACCAUCAGCCUACAAAAGAAGAAUUUUAUCAAUCGUACGAUCCCAAAAUUGGUCUGCACACGGCUGCCGUUUUGGGCGGUAUACUGGUGUGGUUAAUCGUGUAUCUAGUGUAUCGCACCAAAUGUAAAAAAGCCAUCAUCCGAUUUUUCAAAACUGUGUCUGAACAACGUAAACAGAAGCGGAGUCGAGCAUCUUUCGUUAACCUGAGCAAACAUUCGAGUAUGGGUGCCGAUAUUGACACGCCACCAAGUAUAAUCGUAACGAAUGAUAAAAAUGAAACUGUGAGUAAUCAUGUAAUUGUUAAGAUUCCCGUUGAGACACCAACAUCUGUCCAUAAACACGAUGCCGCUCAUGCUGACAAUCAAAUAAGGGAGGCAAUUCAGAAACUCCCAAGUUUAGAAACAGAUGUAACUAUGGCAACAGCACAAUGGGUGAAAGAGCAGCCUCUCUCAAUCCAAAGUCUUCAGGAGUUACCUACGGAUUUAAUACGAUCUAAAAUCCCUACGUUCUGUCCACCUGUUCGCGAUCCGCGAUUAGUGAAAUCUGCAUGUGGUUUAGAUCACACAUGGAAUAAAAGUUUGCCAUCACUCUCACAGAAUAUCGAAGUGAAUAGUUAUUAUUCCUCCUCAGAAGCCAUACAUUCGUCAACACGAGGAAAAAAGUCUCCCUGUGAAAAUCCCAGUAGUGACAGCGGUAUUAAAAAUAAAUCAACACCCAAAUUUUCUGAGGAUUUGCGGACGACAAAACGGAUCCUUCCGAAACUUACGAUAACCAUUCCAGAUUCUAUAUCUACAAAGCCGUCUGGGACAAACCUGGACACGAAGACUCGCCUUAACGACACAAGGCCUAUUCCUGUGACCCCUACUGUCAAAAUUCAAAAUUAUACCUCAAAAAGAUGUGCCCGAUCUUCAUCUUCCCUCCACAGACAGAUCAGUAAUGAUUCCCUUAGCUCAAAUUCUUCAGUCGAACCCUUGUUAAGUGAAUGGGGCUCGACUCCAAAUGUCGAAAAUUGGCAUAACAGGGGUUCCAAACAUCAAAUAUGGCCAGCUGCGGAGAAACUGAAAGACCCUAAGAAAUGGGAACAGAGUAGUGUUAGUUUAUUAAGUGACGAGAAUAUGACCGAAACCGUUUUAUAGCAUUAGAAGGAAGUGUCUUAACCUCUUUGAUUAAAAUAAAUAUAAAAAUCAAAGUGUUAAUUUGAUUGUGUUUGGGUCCAGGGCUCUUAUUGCAGGCAUAUUUACCUGUUUUGACUGACUGGCAGUGAAAUCGACUGGGUGGAGAUCUUACCUGUCAGUCAAUUUACAUGCUACAAAGUUAUAAUUUCAAAGAAUUGAACCUUAAAACACAAUCAAUACAGGUAAAUUCAUACUUCAUAUGUGUAAAUAUGCUUUAAAAUAUAUUUAGAAAAUGGGAUAAUGCUAAGAAUCAUCAUAUUUUUCAUCAAAAAAGAUCUUGCUAAAAAAUGUGACUAAAAUAGCUAUAAAUAGCUAACCUGAGUAAUAGUCCUGCCCCAUUAGCUAACCCCAGUAAUAGUCAAGCUACCAUUAGAUACCCUCAGUAAUAACUCUGCUGCCAAUAGUUACCCUCAGUAAUAGUCAAGCUAUUAUCAGCUACCCUCACUAAUAGUCAAGCUAUAAUUAGCUACCCUCAGUAAUAGCCCUGCUUCAUUAGCUACCCUCAGUAAUAGUCAAGCUAUUAUCAGCUACCCUCACUAAUAGUCAAGCUAUAAUUAGCUACCCUCAGUAAUAGCCCUGCUUCAUUAGCUACCCUCAGUAAUAGUCAAGCUAUUAUUAGCUACCCUCACUAAUAGUCAAGCUAUAAUAAGCUACCCUCAGUAAUAGCCCUGCUUCAUUAGCUACCCUCAGUAAUAGUCAAGCUACCAUUAGCUAGACUCAGUAUAGUCAAGCUAUUAUUAGCUACCCUCAGUAAUAGUCCUGCUCCAUUAGCUACCCCAGUAAUAGUCAAGGUAUCAUUAGCUAUCACCAGUAAUAGCCCUGCUUCCAUUAGCUACCCUCAGUAAUAGUCAAGCUAUUAUUAGCUACUUUCACUAAUAGUCACAAGCUACCAUUAACUAACCUCAGUAAUAGUCAAGAUACCAUAACUACCCUCAGUAAUAUCCUUUCUACCAUUAGAUAGCAUCAGAAUUACAUCAUAAGGUCUAUUAUUCCCUGCUUGUACAUGACAAGGAGUAGAGAGAGAGAAAUAGGGUUUAACAUUCACUUGAUACAAACUAGGUAAUUUUGGGACUAGCAUGGUUCAAUUUCAUUUCCAUAAUUCGCUUGCGCGAAGGGGUCUACAGACGUGGGAGGAAACCCACGUACAAGUGGGGAAUCAAAACCAUACAACUUGACUCAAUGACAGACAUUAUGAUCCAACACACACAUGUUAAACAUUCGGUCAAUCCCCGCCACCCAACCCCCAAUCAACAAGGAAUAGGAUCACCUGUCCAACCUCAUUGGUUUUCUCUGGGUCCUUUGGUUGUUUCGCAGGUUGUUUUUGGACGUUAAAUCCCAUUUCUCUCUCUCCAAGAUAUCGUAGGCUGUACAAGAUCAAAACAACACUUUAUUUUCUAUAAAUCAAAGAGGUUUAACUUGUUAAGUUUUUAAUGUUCUUUCCACCUAUAUUUCUCUAUUUACUAUAGUUAUAAUGUUUACGUUAUUUAUCAUAGAUAUUAUUGAUAUUCAAUAUAAUCACAUCCUAUAUUUCUUCACCCUCAUGACAACAAGGUCCAGGUGAUAUCUUCUGUACACAUAUCUUUACAUCGACUUUAUGUUUAAAAUAAUUAAACUAGAAUCUUCGAGACGGUGUGAUCAUUAUUGUGUGAAAGAUGUCUUAAAGGACAUGUGGCUCUAACUCAAUAUUAUCUAUAAGGCAACUGUCACAGACUUUGUCAGACAUAAAUUAUCACACAAUGUCUUUUUUAUAAUAUAUUCUGUGAUAAUUUGUACUUGACAAAGUCUGUGACAGGUGCCAUAUGUCCAGGCAUGGUUCUAACUCGAUAUUAUCCAUAAUAUUCAACAGUAGAACUAGACAGGUCUUAAUAGGUGUGUAUGGCUCUAACACAAUAUUAUCCAUAAUAUUCAACAGUAGAACUAGACAGGUCUUAAUAGGCGUGUAUGGCUCUGACUCGAUAUUAUCCAUAAUAUUCCAUAGUAAAAACUCAAAUUAGAAUUCAACAUACCUAAUUAAAAAUUACAUGUACAAUAAAAGUUUUAAAGAUGCAUUAUGUAAGAUUUUGAUAAAGAGCUGACAGUCCUCGUAAAAUAGUUCAAAAACAGAUAAUUAGAAAUUAAUAUAUUGAAAAUUUCAUUCAAAUUACUUUAUUCUGAGCCAAGUUAAGACUGUUUGACGAUGUAGCGAUGUCUUGAUUAUCCAUUUUAUCAUUAACUUUUCAAAUCUAGCUGGUGUUUUUAUCCAUUUAAAUCUCAGCCAUCCGGUGAUCUAGAGAAUUGAUUAAAGGCGCUGUCACAAGAAUAAAUGUCUAAAUAAUAAUUUAUAGAAUUUAUUUAGACAAAGAAAGGCCUGCAGUAGGCAGAUUUAGCUGUGACAUAAUGCAUCUUUAAAAAUUGAAUAUAAAUCAAGUUUAUAUACAUUCAUAUUACAUUAAUAUGUAUCAUAUAGUUGUUUGAUAUUUUG